ACAGUCGUGGGUAAAGCGGAGAGGGCGAACGGAUACCAAGCCGGGAGCUCAGGAAGCCGCGUCGACGAAGGAUUUGUGAAUAACCGCGCUGCUAUUCGGCGUCCGGGUGAGAGACAAGGACGCAUGCGGAGCCGGGACAAGACGCGCUACCACUUGUUCCCUUCUUCGUCGGAUCUUCCUCUUCAUCAUUGUUCUCACCGUUUCCUCUCUACCGACAUCACCCGCCGUCACCCUCUUCCCUCAUUUUCCUUCUUCUCUGCUCCCGUUCCUCCUCCGCAUCUUUCUCUCCACCACCACCUCCUCUUCCCCUUCACCUCUUUCUCCCUCUUCCUCCCUCUUCCUCCCUCGCCGUCCCAGCCGCCUCUUUUCUACCUCUACCAUCGCAACGAGGUCGAGGAAGGAACAUCCUGGACGUUCCCCGUGGAAUCGAGGGAGGCUACCUUCACACGAACGACAACUGGUGGGUAUCGGUGAGUCGGUUCGGUAGGGAGGUGUCUCCCGGUCCUCCAACCAGAAGAAGCGAGACGACGACGACGACGACGAGGAGACCUUUGGCGGUUACACAUCGCGUCCUACCGUCUUCUGGUGUGCCUACCUAUUCGGGCUACCAGCGAACCGACCGGCCAAACGAAGCUUCAGUCGACGCCGCGCACCCAAACGGUCCAGACCUGUCAGCCCGGAAGACACACGUGCAGCAUCUCCUAACGCUUUCACGAGCCACCGUAUCCCGUUUAAAUAACGCGUUCACUGUUGGCGGCGUGACACAAUCCAGACGCGUUUCGCGAGUUUCGUUCUUCGUUUGCUCUCCGAAACGCUUUUACAGCUUUAUCUUCAACGGAAGAGUAUUACUGCUCGAGGACAAACUUUUUACUAGCAUUUCUCCUAUCUCGGCAGAGAGGAUCCUCUCGCGACGUGCUACAAGCAGUGAUCUCACUCCCAGGAGUCAGCCGCGCUCGAGACUAGCUUUACGCGGGAGGAGAAGAGCGAAUCGAGGAACGACAGAGUCGAGAGAGACAGAUAAAAGGAAAAAGAGAGAGAAAGAGAGAGCGUACGAAAGUCUCUGCGUGCGAAGCAGGGAGAAAGACAGAAAGACGGAGAGUACAUGACAGAGUAAGAAAGAGAGAAAGAGCGAACGACGAAGCGUACCGAGAAAGAGGACAGAGGGAGACAGAUAAAGUGGUGGGAGUGACUCCGGGCGUCGGCGAGAAGAGCGAGAAAGAAAGAGAGAGAGAGAGAGAGACGAGUAGGAGGGAAAGGAGAAGACAGAGACUCGACCAAGAGAAGGAGCGGUGGGAAUUUAUAAGGAUGUUCGCGAUAAUGCCGAUGGAGACAGAGGGGCACGGCAGGGAGUUCGGCCGGCGGCAGAAGAUGCGCGCCAAGUGCACGGUAGAGUUCGUCUGCAAGUACUGCCAGCGGCGCUUCACCAAGCCCUACAACCUCAUGAUACACGAGCGCAGCCAUAAGGACGACGUGACCUUCACCUGCGAGGUCUGCGGAAAGUCCUUCAAGCGGCAGGACAAUCUCAAGCAGCACAGAUGUGGGUGGCGGUGAGCGGGAGCUCUCUGAACCUCCUGCACCUUGACACACACACAAAAUGCACACCUCAGCGACAUGAACAAAUUUUUACAAUAGACAACAGACAACAGCUAAAAUUGCAACCACAAUGAUAAAACUGCAACCUACACGCACUCUCUCUCUCUCUCUCUCUCAUUCUUCAUCACCCGCACUUUCCCGCCCCCGCCCCCCCUCCUCCCCCGAUUGAUCAAGGCGCGAUCGAUCGGCAAUUACCGCCACCGCAGAAAAAGCCCCGGCAUGCGUGUAUCUCUUCUUAUUCUUCUGCCUGUUCCGCUACUUUGUCUGCGACUUUUACUACCCUCUACUUCUUCCACAUCGUCGGCUAUUUCUUGAACUAACACACGGCGCUCACGGAUCCUACCGACGGCUCUAACGAGGCGACGGGGAAUGAUUGAUAGAUAGGAGGAGAAUUUAGAGAAUGAGAGAGGGGGGGGGAAGAAGAGAGCGAAGGGGUCUACCCCGGGAAGUGUACUUUCCUCAUCUUCCGAUUUCGACCAUCUCUGUUCCAGGAGCAUACACUCUGUUCCCUACAAGGGCUCCAACGGCUACUCAAAUGGCUAUUCAAAUGGCUACUCUAGGUAUUAGAAGCCAUCCGGCCAACUACUAUCCUAAAUUCCCGUAGAUACGCGUCUCUCUUUCUCUAUCGAACGCUCUACUCACUCUCAUCGACCGACCAGUUCUCCUCGAUCUUCCUCCUCUAUUAAAGCGAUAAUCCUCCGCGUCGAUCCGUCGGCGACGACGUGUCACAUUCGCCAGAGACGAAGCCGUCUCUGCGAACCGCAGGGGAACCGCGAAGCUCCAUCGAUCUUUUUAAUAUUUUUUUUUUUAUUGUCACCACCUCGCCUACCAACCUUGCAUUUUAGUUUGUUCGUCCCCGCUUCUUUGAUCUUUUUUUCCGCUUCUCUUACCCUCCUGUAUCCCGAGCCUACAUCCAGACGUCAGCCAGAGACAUCUUCGAGGAGAAUCGACCAGACCGAUACGAAGCACUGUCGCAGAUUCACGAACAAUGGCAGCAAUCUGGGAUACGAUGCGGCGAACGAUUAUAGUUUCAUUCAACUUCUUGCACAAUUCUAUCGAUUCCAACGGAUAACCGAUAUUCUCUUGUAAAAUGCGAUCGACGCAUGUUGAAAGCGUGCGCAACAUUUGCUUCAUCAGAUAUUCGCGAAGACGCAAUAUUGCUUGUAAGUUUCGAACGCAGCGAACGUAAUUUUAAUAAAAUAAAAUAAAAUUUUUAAAUUAUUUCUUCAAAAUUCCUUCAUGCGGGAUGACUAGAUCGGGAGUCUUUUCCCGAUUAGGCUAUUUAGAUUGUCGAAAAUUUACCGUUGCAUAUGAUUAAAUAGAUAAUGUACCAUGCAUAAUUCGAGAACUCAUCAUAGCGCGAAUAAAGAUAACAACUAGCGUUUCAUGUGAAAUAGAGAAAGAAAGAUAGAUACGAUACUUUCAAACAAUAAUUUACCCAUCGGUUUAAGCCACGUAUCAAAUUCUUUUCUGUUUUAAAUAUUCAUUUCAAUUGGAGACAUUUUAAAUCGAUAAAAAUUUCCUGUCACGAUAAACAAUAAAAAGUACCACGAUAUUUUUAAUCGGUCGUCGAACAAGAAAGUUUUUUUAAGAAAAUUAAAGAGAAUGACUCUUCAUCCAUUACACGAAGGGAGUAAACUGGCGGAGAGUCUUCGAUCAACGAUCCACUUUCUUCCGCAUUUUCAUAACGGAAGCUGAGGCACUAUUCCCCGCAACCCUCCUCGGGCUAGCGUCCUAAAUUGGACUACGUAAUAACCUACCUACUAGCUCUACGGGAACGCGCCGGUCAGAGGAUGCGCUUGUUCGCUUCCUCGCGUGCUACCGUGGACCACGCCCAGGCCCGGAGCGACGUCUUCCUGACCUCACCACCUGGCAAUCAACCGCGAACAGCUACUUGGCUUCCCCGUUCAGAAAAUCCGUACAAUCUCGCGAUGGUGAUCCACGCACGGGAGACGCAGAAUCGAAUCGCUCGCGCGAACAGCGGGCGAGAUUGUCGCCAAGAUUGUCGCGACCGGACAACCUUGGCUUGUGUCCACAUGGUGCGCACAAGGUGGUAUCGCUGACGCAAAUACCAGUCAGCUGAGAUCGGUUUCCAAUGGGUGAACCCUCGGCGAAGUGUCUCUUCGAUUCCGGCCGAGACGCCCCGGCCAACUCAAGUGGAAUAAGGAUCGACCGUUAUUCUCCGAGCGUCUCUCGAUCGUAUCUCUCUUUCUUUUUUCUAUGUGUUGUCCUGUUUUUUCUCUCCCCCUCCUUUUUAUUUAAAUCCGCGCGCGGAUAAAGCAUCGCUCGAAAACGCGAAAUCGCGAUGGACGGACAGAAAUAUCCGCUUCGAAGUCGACGGAGCGACACGGUGUAGGUGGUGAUGGCCGAUUCCCAUUUGCCUCUCGAGGAAGACGCUGAACGCGACAUGUAGGAUAGCACGCGUGUGGCGAGCACAAAUAUAAGAUCGGCGUGUUUGAAUACGAUUAUUGAGUAAACGGCGGAAACCUUCAGAGUUCUCGUUUCCAGAGGAAACGGUAGGAAUACAAGACGUUUAUCGUAUAAUGGAAUCUAUAAAACGUGAAGAGUCGAACGAAAACGUCAAUGAUUUUAUUUAUCGAGAUUUUAUGUUAUCUAACUUUUGGAAUUUCGCGUGAAUUUCAGCGAUGUAAAUGCAAAUUUUACUACGCACAAGACGAUAUUACAUUGCAAGUACUUCUUUUCUGGAAAAACAAAUUGUCUUAUAUAUAUAUAUAUUUUUUUUUGCCUCUUGUAUUCCUACCUUCUUCUCUGAUAUCUAUAUUUGAUGCUCAAAACAGUGAUCUAUAGAUUUACAAUUAUUAUUAUUCAAGAGGAUGGAAUCACUCAUGCUAUGACAAUGAAUUGUACCGUCCCCGCUCUAAUCAUCCUUCGACUCACGUCCAUCGCGAUGCAUAAGGAUGUAUUUUUCGUGUAUUAAAUUUUAUAUAUUUUGCGGCAUGUUUCUAAAUUGUACAUUAAAAGAAGAGAAAGCGCUUAGGAGGGGAGAAACAUGUAUGUUAAUGAGGAUUAAGAAAUUUGCGUGAAUCUGACGAUAAUGUAUACAUUUUAGCGUCGCUAAACAUUUUGCACUUUAACGCGAGAGAAAAUUAUACAAAACAUGUAAUGGGUUACAAGAUGUGUAUGCGAGUCUCGGCUAUGGCGUCUCGAGAAUAUCGAGAGCUGCCAUUUAGCUAGACAUCAAACUCGCACAUUCGGUAUUAAUGUGAAAAAAAUUUACACGAAUAGAUCCACGGUGCGGCUUCGAGGAGCACAGGACAGAAUUUCGUCUUUCUUUCCGUAACAUUGUUUCGAUUUCCCUUUAGGGCGGAAUGAGAUUGCGGUCGUACUUUGUACAUAGCUUGCAAAAAUUGUGCAUCCCACUGCGUCUUUAAUAUUAUUAUUAUUAUUAUAUUGAUUAUUAAUUAUUAUUAUUAUUAUUAAUUAUUAUUUUACGAAUGUUAUCGACAUAGUGCUUAGUCAUUCUGUAUUGUAGCCGAUAGGCCUCACGAGUGUAGAGCUGCAUUUCACGUUGUACGCGGCAUGAUAGCAGUGAUAAUAAUGUUAUUUUAUUUUUUAUUAUAAUAUAAAAUUAUAUUGCAUUAUAUAUAUAUACAUAUAUAUAUAUAUAUAUAUAUAUAUAUAUAUAUAUACAUAUAUAUAAUAUAUAUUAUAUAUAUUGCCACAUCGAUAUCCAUGCAUGUAUCGCUAGCUUUACACAACCGAGGUACACGGUCAGCCCGUUAGGAAGUUUCAUGUUUCUAUCUCUCCAAGAGAGAUGAGAUAUAAUAUGAUACGCGCGCGCGACGAUGAUUUCAUGUAUGCUUUCCGCACAUAGCAUUGUAUUAGUGGGAAAAUUCCACUCUUCACAGCGGACUAGAAAUAAAUUCGCCAAGUUGUAAAACGCUA